UUACGCGCCAACUGGAGUGCAGCUCCAAAAAUGGACUGUUUUUAUUCUGCUGAGGAUCUGCUCAGAUAUUAAAGCCAUUCAUGCAGUUUGGAGAAGCUACGAGCAAUGUAAUAGCCUUUUAAACAUCCAGUUAGUGCUGCAAAUAUGCAUUCUCAUUUUAAAAGGACAUCAGCAGCAAAGACUGCAAAGAAGUCGAGCACGCAGACGACUAUUAGCAGGUUCUUCAGCGGUAAAGCUGCUGAUGUUGGUCAGUCUGGGAUUAGCUGCGAUCGUCUUGCUCGGGAAGGCAGAGGGAAGGUGAGAGUUUCUCAGAAGAGACUAACGUUGCCUGAUAGAAGAGAGUCUUUGGAGAAACGUGCUAAACUCUAUCAUGAUGGGGAAGAGCUGGAAAAGGAGUGGACUGAAGAGGGCUUCAGCAGCAGUAUCAAGUGUACGAGCAGAAGUGAUGAGAGGGCGUCAACCUCUAAGGGCAGUCUCUCCUGCUCCACUCUGGAGAAACUACGAGGCUUCAGCUGCCAAGGGGACAGUGAGAGCAGAGCUCCAGUGACUUUGAAGACUGAGAAGAUGGAGGUGGAGGCAUCAGACAAAGUAGACCAGCAAGUUAAGAUGGAGGAGGGCACAGAAGAGAGUUCAAGUCAGAGCAAAGAGGAGUUUAACUUCAGCAAAUUUGCUAAGGCUAGUAGCAGUGGUGGUGGUUUUGGUGAUACUAAGAAAAGUCUGCAGGAACCUACAGGCCCAAACAGGAGAACCAAAAGCAUCUACACUCCCCUAGAGCAACAGUACAUGGAGAUUAAGGAACAACACAAGGACACAAUCCUCUGUGUGGAGUGUGGCUACAAGUACAGAUUCUUUGGAGAGGAUGCAGAGAUUGCAGCAAAGGAGCUGAACAUCUUUUGUCACCUGGAUCAUAACUUCAUGACAGCCAGCAUCCCUACUCACCGCCUCUUUGUCCAUGUUCGUCGCCUCGUCUCUCAGGGCUAUAAAGUUGGAGUUGUGAAGCAGACAGAAACCUCAGCAAUCAAAGCCUCAAGUGCCAACAAGAGCUCCCUGUUCACCCGGCAGUUAAGCGCACUUUAUACCAAGUCUACACUGGUUGGGGAAGAUGUGAACCCCUUGUUAACACUGGGGGAUUUGGAGCAGGCUGAAGAUGUUGUGCAGGACAUGCCCAACAGCUACUUGAUGUGUGUGAGUGAGAACUGGGACAAACAGAGCAAAGAGCUGACCAUUGGAUUGGUGGUGGUACAACCCAGUACGGGAGACGUGAUGGUGGACUGUUUUGGGGACAAUGCAUCUCGCUCUGAGCUGGAGGCCAGGGUUCUGAAGAUCCAACCUGUAGAGAUCCUGGUGCCCUCCGACCUGUCCGAUCCUACAGAGCGCCUACUACGUACCAUCGCUCUGUCCAGUGUCCAGGCAGACGAUCGCAUUCGUAUAGAGAAACGAGAAAGCACUCAGUUUGAGUAUCCCACCGCCAUGAUGACUGUCAAAGAGUACUACAGCAGCACGUCCACUCAGACAGUGGAAAAUCGUGAAAAAGGUUCUGGUUUGUUCUACUUGGGUUUGGAGACCCCGGUGAUCUGCUGUCUUGGCCCAGUGAUCCAGUAUCUGACUGAGUUUAAGCUGGAGAGGGUUCUACUCUGUUCUAGUUCAUUUAAAAGGCUGUCAAAUGAUGUAGACUACAUGGUGUUCAGUGCCACCACAAUGAAGAACCUGGAGAUCUUUUGUAACCAGACCACAGGCUCGGUGAAGGGCAGUCUGCUCUGGGUUCUGGACCAUACGCACACUCCAUUCGGCAAGAGGCUGCUGAAGAAAUGGGUCAGCCAGCCCCUGAAGUCUGCAUCCGAGAUCCACUCUCGUCAGGAUGCGGUGGCAGAGAUCCUGUCGUCAGAGUCCAGCGUGUUACCCUCCAUCCAGGCCCUGCUCACUCGUCUGCCGGACCUGGAGAGGGGCCUCUGCAGCAUCUACCAUAAGAAGUGUUCCACUCAGGAGUUCUACCUCAUCAGCAGCACGCUGUCCCGCUUGUGUACGGAGCUUCAAGCCCUCAUCCCAGCUGUCCAAUCACAGCUCAGAUCCGACUUCUUAAAGAGUAUGCUACUGGACACACCCCAGCUCCUCAGCCCUGCCCACAACUUCCUGAAGGUGCUCAAUGAGAAGGCUGCCAAGACAGGAAAUAAGACCGAGUUGUUUGUAGACCUGACAGAUUUUCCCUUAAUCCGAGAGAGAAAAGAAGAGAUUCAAGCUGUUCUCUCGGACAUCAUAGAGCAUCGGCGAGAUCUUCGCCUCAUCCUGCGAAACCAGUCACUGGACUACGUCACCGUGUCUGGACAAGAGUUCCUCAUUGAGGUGAAGAACAGCAUGUCCUCAAUUGUUCCACCAGACUGGGUCAAAAUCAACAGCACUAAGGUGGUGGGCCGCUAUCACUCCCCAUUUAUUGUGGAGAGACACCGGCGUUUGCUGCAGCUGCGAGAACAGCUAGUCAUCGAUUGUGGCCGAGAGUGGAUCAACUUCCUCCAGCUAUUUGGGGAACAUUACUACAUCCUGAGGAAAGCAGUGGGUCACCUAGCAACCAUGGACUGUCUCUUCUCAUUGGCUCAGGUCGCUAAAGAGAACAAUUACUGCAGGCCGGAGGUUCUGGAGCAUGAGCGUCACAUAGUGAUUAAGGCAGGCAGACACCCGGUUAUUGACAUGCUGAUGGGUGAACAGGACCAGUAUGUGCCAAAUGACACUGAGCUCCAGGGUGAUGGCAAGCGAGCCAUGAUUAUCACUGGGCCCAAUAUGGGGGGGAAAAGCUCAUACAUACGUCAGGUUGCUCUGGUCACCAUCAUGGCCCAACUGGGGUCCUUCGUACCAGCUGAAGAGGCAUCAAUUGGCAUUGUGGAUGGCAUAUUUACCAGGAUGGGAGCCUCUGACAACAUCUCAAGGGGGAGGAGCACCUUCAUGGAGGAGUUGCUGGAGGCCUCAGAGAUCCUGUCCUGUGCCACAGCUCGCUCUCUGGUCAUUCUGGAUGAACUAGGCAGGGGUACCAGCACACACGAUGGGAUCGCCAUUGCCUAUGCCACCCUGGAGUUCUUCAUCAGAAACGUGAGGUGUCUGACCCUGUUUGUGACCCACUACCCCCCACUCUGUGAGCUGGAGAAGCUGUACCCACAGCAUGUUGGAAACUACCACAUGGCCUUCCUGCUAAACGAACCAGAGACUGCAGCUGAUGAGGAGGAGGUGCAGCCAGAGUUCAUCACUUUCCUCUAUCAGCUGACAGAGGGAGCAGCAGGCCGGAGCUAUGGGCUAAAUGUGGCGCGGUUAGCCAGCAUCCCGGAGAGCAUCCUCAGGACUGCUGCAAUCAAGUCUAAAGAGCUGGAGGCCACUGUGAACAGCCGCAGGAAAACUGUGAAGCUGCUAUCUGAAGCCUGGAAAAUCACUAACAGGGAAGCAUUGCUCCAGUGGAAAAAGUUAAACCCUUAAUGAGGGGAGUGCUAAGCUAGUGAAAAACUGCAGUUUGUGCUAGUCUCCUCACAGUUAUGAGCUGCUGCUGUAAAUCCUAUUAACAUCUCCACCUUUUGCUCAUUACACCUUUAUCAUAAGGAUUCAUAAAGCCAUCUGUUCUCUUUUGUAGGAAGAUUCAAGGUGCUAUAUUGUAGGACUAGUACAGUUGAGAAAAGAUGUGCAGAAAAAUGGUGUGUACACAAUGACUGAAAAAAAUAAUGUGCCAUUAAAAAUGAUCAAAUAAAUAAUAAAUCCAAUUUAAUUAGAAUUGCU